AGGUCUGAUGGUAUCUAUGAUAUAUACAGUACUCUGUAAAGUCUCUCCUCCUGUCUGUGGUCAGGUCUGAUGGUAUCUAUGAUAUAUACAGUACUCUGUAAAGUCUCUCCUCCUGUCUGUGGUCAGGUCUGAUGGUGUGGACCAGUGCUGGUCUGGUAGUCAUGGUGUUAGGACUGGUCCUGCUCCUGUUCUACAGACAGAGGAGAGGAACCAGGAGAACACCACCACCACCACCACCAGUCUCCUCCAACACACAACCUGACCCUACUGGAGAGGUUGACUGUGUGUACGAGGAGAUCAGAGAGGCAGACAGACAGACAGACACACUUCCUGUGGUCAUCUCUGUAGUCUACUCUACUGUCAAAUCACCUACCAACUCUACAACCCACCCUGCUGGUCAUUCCUCUACAACCCACACUGCUAGCCCAGCCUCUACAACCUACCCUACUGACCAAGCCUCUACAACCUACCCUGCUGGCCAAGCCUCUACAACCUACCCUGCUGGCCAAGCCUCUACAACCUACCCUGCUAGCUCUGCCACAGAUCACCCAGCAUCUCUCAUCUACUCCAAUGUGGAUCUACCUACAGAUUCUAGAGUCUCUUCAAGUCCUCCAACAGCCAGUGGAACCCAGGAUGAUUUCAUCUAUUCUACAGCCCAGCUACCCAAAGAUACUGUAGAAUCUACAAGAUACCCUGCUGUACACCUCUCUAAAGACACUCCAGAAGAUGCCCUCUACUCUACAGCCCAGCUACCCAAAGAUACUGUAGAAUCUACAAGAUACCCUGCUGUGCACCUCUAAAGACACUCCAGAAGAUGCCCUCUACUCUACAGCCCAGCUACCCAAAGAUACUGAAGAAUCUAUAAGAUACCCUGCUGUGCACCUCUAAAGACACUCCAGAAGAUGCCAUCUACUCUACAGCCCAGCUACCCAAAGAUACUGUAGAAUCUACAAGAUACCCUGCUGUGCACCUAUAAAGAUACUCCAGAAGAUGCCAUCUACUCUACAGCUCAGCUACCCAAAGAUACUGAAGAAUCUACAAGAUACCCUGUUGUGCACCUAUAAAGACACUCCAGAAGAUGCCAUCUACUCUACAGCCCAGCUACCCAAAAUAAUGUAGUACUAUAGAAUAUAUACAAGGGAUACAUCCCAAAUGACACCCUAUUACCUUUCCCCCAUAUGGACCCUGGAUAAAGGCAGUGCUCUAUAGAGGACAAGGUGCCAUCUGGGAUGAAGGGAAGCUCCCUGUAGAGAGAUGAAGGGUUGUCACCACAGAGCCGCCAUCUUGGAACGACAUUAAAAAAACAACCCCUUUCCUGUUUCAAAUCCUCCUUGACACAUUGUAUUAAAACAGCUCAUGUGGUUUUACUGUAUAUAAUAUAUGUAAAACAUGAACACCUGGGUUUAAAAUAAAUCUGUAUCUCCAGAUUUUGUGAAAGUCAAGCAACAUUUUUGCAAAUAUUUGUGUAACUAUGUGUUUGUCAGAAAAUUGGAUUCAUUUUGUCUGUUCUAAUAAUGAAGACAGUAAUGCCAUAAUAGUCAGUUGUACCUUUGAGAUUUACAUAUAUGUUUAAAUCAGUGUAAAUGUGGAGUGUUUGUGUGUGUGUGUGUAGUGUGUGUGUGUGUA